AUGGCGACAUCACAGGCGCCUGCGCCCCCUGUAUCUUCUCCGUCCCCUACCCCCUCCGCCAAAAAGCGCACUGGAGGUGGAGGGGGAGCAACCACCAGCCCACUCCCGGCCACCCAGACACAGACUCCCCCUGUCAGCAUGGGAGUAACAGCUCCCUCCAUCACCUCCUUCUCCCUGACAGGUGCCAAUGCAUUUCCCUGCUGUGGCAAGACCUCGGUGGAUAUCGUGGAGAAACAGAAUGAUCCCAGUCAUCCCCAUCAAUCAGCAGAAGUAGGGGCACAAUCAGUAGAACAGAAACCCCUGUUCCAAGAUCCAAACCCAGAGCAGGAAGAAAACUUUGGCCUGAAAAUGAACAUGGAUCCCAUAUGGAAGGUGGACAGCUUGGAAUCUUGCAGUGACAGCUCUAAGCCAGAAUAUACUAUUGAAACCUUCCAUCCCACCGCAGAGGAGCUGGCAGAGAUGCAGAGCUUCAACCAAUGGAGCGUAGACUCGAUGUGCAGCAACCCAGAGGAGGACCAGGUACUAAUCCAACGUCGCUCCAUCCAUGCACAGACCUCCAGGCACCUCUUCUGGUCAGACAAGAAUGUCCAGGCCUCAGAGAACAGCCUACAAAAGGUGAUUGAAAUCCAAGACAAAGGUAGUAGCAAAAAGACUACCAGAAGCCACCCAGAAAAGAAAUCCAUUUCCAUUGCCACUCCCACUCUCCCAGCUGCAUGCUCCCAGAAGCCACCUGUAAGCUCCUCUCUUCCUGUCUCCCACCUUUCACCGCCCAUCGCCCUAUCGGAUCUGAUCAACUUUGCAUCUUCCCUGGCCAUAGCCUCUACUAGCAACAUGAACUUGCCCAGUUUGGAGAAAAUGCUCAAACCUGUACUACAGAAGGCUCCAGAAGCUUCUACAAAGCCCUCCCAGCCCGCUGAAGAGAAGCAAGAGCUGACAGGGAAACUCAAAACUGUAAAGUUCCAGAAAACUUGGGCUAAACAAGAAACAAACUUCCCUCACCCUUUCUUAGAAUUCAGCAAGCCAGGGAUGAAGACAGCCACCCUUGAAGGGGAAGUGAAGUUUGUCCAGACAUCAACCAUGAACUCCCAAGAAUCCCAGGAUGACUCCGUGCCACCAGGAACCAAGAAAGGGAGUCCAUUAUUGCUGAAAAUCCAUUUUAAGCUGUUAUCCCCUGAACUCCAGAGAAAUGACUAG